GAAACCAGCGGAGGGAGGAGCGAAAGGCGGCACUUGCGACAAACUCACCUACAUAAAUGCAACGCAGGUUACACGCUGGUCCUCAUUUUCUGGAAUCAACAACAUAUUUUUAAUUCUUAAUAUCGAAUACCGGUUUACGAAUAAAACUACAAACACGAGUUCACAAGAUCUGAGGAUUUACAGCAUUUUCUAAAAGGAAAUAUUCCUCUGUGUUCUCGCUAUCUGAAGGAUAUUAAACACGGACUGUACAACAACCCCUUUUACCUGCCUGCUGAAGUGAAGCCAGGCAAAUGCAAAUUGCAACACAGGAGAUAUUUGUUAAUUGCUGAUUGAAAAAAAAAUCUACAAGGAAACCUGCUCAAAAUUAGACGGAAGAGGCGUGAGUAAAGUGGCUUCUUCCCUGGAUGGGGUUAGACUCUUUGAAGAUGGCAUCACUCCUGGAAAGUGGACAUUUCUCCUAAUUGCCAAGAGCAACUAUGAUUCAAGUGAGAUUCACAGCCUGACCAAUGAUCCUUCAACAGUGGGGUUUUUAUCCAGAAAAUGUGACAGCAACUUUAAUGGUUCACAAGUGGAGGCCAAUGGUUUCCGCUGACAGGCCGUUGUCCUUGAAGUUUGACUCAGAACUUGACUGUUGAACCAACCCUCCGCUAUGGUCUAGGAAAGGUCCAGUGAAUACGAUGGCUUCGUUUGUUGCCCGUGCAAACAAGGACAAUCGGUCCCUGAUUCUGAAGGGAGUGGAUCCAGAAACAUGCAUGAUUGUAUUUAAAAACCACUGGGCUCAGGUGCUGAAGAUCCUGGAGAAGCAUGACCCUCUACGGAGCACUGGUGGUAUUGGCGUUGGUGGCGGGGGCCUGCGUUUCGGGCCGAUCCCAGGUGACGAAGCAAGUGCGGUGCAGAACUACGUGGAGCAUAUGCUGUUACUGCUGAUGGAGGAGGAGAGCGGGCAAGUGGGCUCCAUGGGCCCCAUCCUGGAGUUUGUUGUGACGGAGAACGUGAUGGAGAAGCUGUUCCUGUGGAGCCUGCGGCGUGAAUUCACAGACGACAUGAAGAUCGAGCAGCUCAAGAUGUACGAGAUGCUGGUGGUCCAGUCCCAGCAGCCCCUGCUGCACCACAAGCCUGUGCUGAAGCCGCUCAUGAUGCUGCUCAGCUCUUGCUCGGGGACAGCCACCCCCGCCGUGGAGGCUGCGCUGGUCAUCCUGCUCAACCAGCUUUGCUCCAUCUUGGCCAAGGACCCUUCCAUUCUGGAGCUCUUCUUCCACACCAGCGAGGACCAGGGAGCAGCCAACUUUCUCAUCUUCUCCCUGCUCAUCCCCUUCAUCCACUGUGAGGGCAUCGUGGGGCAGCAGGCACGUGAUGCACUGCUCUUGAUCAUGUCUCUCUCCGCUGAGAACCAAGUUGUCGCCAAGCACAUUGCAGAGAAUACCUACUUCUGUCCUGUGCUGGCGACGGGGCUGAGUGGCCUGUACUCCUCCCUGCCCGCGAAGCUGGAGGUGCACAGCGAGGAGUGGCACUGCCUGCAGAGAGAAGACUGGAUCCUGGUCCCUGCGCUGGUGCAGUUCAUGAACUCCCUUGAAUUCUGUAAUGCCGUCAUACAGGUGGCACAUCCCACAAUCCGAACCCAGCUGGUUAACUACAUCUAUAAUGGCUUCCUGGUGCCUGUGCUGGCACCGGCUCUUCAUAAGCUGACACUGGAGGAGGUGAUGACCACCACAGUGUACCUGGAGCUGUUCCUGCGCACUGUCACCGAGCCGGCACUCCUGCAGACCUUCCUCUGCUUCAUCCUGCUGCACCAGCAUGAGAACGUCCACAUUCUGGACACCCUAGUCAGCCGCAUCAACACCCCCUUUCAGCUUGGCACUGUGUCUCUCUCCUUGUUCAGGACUCUGAUUGGUUUGCACUGUGAGGAUGUGAUGUUACAGCUCAUCUUGAGGUACCUGAUCCCCUGUAAUCACAUGAUGCUGAGCCAGCGCAGGGUGGUGAGAGAGAGGGAUUGCUACUCUGUGUCUGCAGCUAAGAUCCUUGCCCUGACCCCCAGCUGCAUCUCCCCUGUGCUCAGCUCCGCACUCCAGAAACACCAGGCCAAUUGCAUCCUCCAGUCACAGGGAAAUGAUUCGUGCCAGUCCAACACCAAGGGUUCCAAGGAGGAACAAUAUGCCCUUGACAGCCAAGAAUAUAGCCGUAUUGUGGGGUAUCAAAAAGGCAUGGAUGCUAGCUACUUGCACUACCUGUAUGACGCCCGCAGCAACAUCACACGUUGCAUCAAAGCCUGUCGAGUCUGGUCUGCCCCUUAUGACGGGGAAAACCCUCCUCCUGAGCGACUCCAGCUUGGGCCAGCAGAGGAGGGGGGCAAGCAGGCAGAGUCCUCUCAGAGAGCCUGCAGGAGCCAGGUUUCCUCUGACCUGACCACGGGGGAGAAGACCCACCUGCUAGAGCUUGAGUGGGAUGACAGCUACGACACUGGCAUGCCCUCGGGUGGCGACGGAGAUCUCUCGGAGGGAGACCCUGGUCUCAAAGAGCCAACACCUGUCGAGCCGCCCAGGCACAUCCAGGAAAUGAGGAAGAACGCCAUUAUGCUCAUAAAGGGAUCUUACAUCGAAGAGUCAGACUUUCAGGAUGACGUCAUGGUGUAUAAUCUGAUUGCUCAGAAGGACGCCCAGGCUCCUACUGUCCCGAAGCAGCCACCGCAGCCCCUCAGUAAUGGUCUGACCACAACAGAAAACCCCAAAGCGGUGGUGGAGCAAAAGAAGAUUGUCAGCCUGAGCAGGGAGGGGCAUCCUGUAUCGAGGAAUGGAAAACUGAAUGAUGAACGCAGGCUCUCUGAGCCAGACCACAACUCCAAUCUUCGAAUCCUGAGCAUGGAUGGGGAUGACCUCAUCUCCCAGUAUGAUGACCUCCUCAAGGGUCUGGGGGCCAAAUCUGGGGGUCCCGCGGAAGCUGAGAGGGCCUUUGUAGACCCCGUCACUCCCAUGGAAGAAGACGACGUGGAUUUCAAUGCGUUUUCUGAUGACAUGCUGGAUCCAGAUAGGCUGCCUUCUCCCUUUGGGCCCAAAAGCCGUGCUGUGUAUUCUGUCAGCGCCAGCACCAGGAUUCAGGGAGCACCGUUCACAGGGCCAUUCGUCAGUGUUCUCCUGUCACGGCUGGAGAACAUGCUGGAGAACUCCUUGCAUGUCAACCUGCUGCUCACUGAGAUCAUAGCUCGGCUGGCUGCCUAUCCACAGCCACUGCUGCGCUCCUUCCUCCUCAACACCAACAUGGUCUUCCAGCCCAGCGUUCGCUCCCUCUACCAGGUGCUUGCGGCUGUAAAGAACCAAAUUGAACAGAUUGCUGCUACCAAGAAAGACAUCCCCGCCCUGGUGACAGAAGCCCAGCAAUACUUCCUCUCGAGAGAUGACAGCAAAGAUGUGGUUCAGGAUCCCCUUGGUGCAGAGAACGGGCAGUGGGUUCAAGAUGGCGGAGAAAACCGGGUGCAACUACUCCCUAGCAACAAGCUGAAGAAAGCACCACCCCUUCCGAAGAUUCCAUCCCAGGCGAGGAAUGUUGUUUUUGCAACUGUACUCUACACAGAAUUUCUAAAAGAACUGGCUGCCAUUGCACAGGAACACACAAUUGUAUCCUACAUGCCGACAGAAGAAUAGUUUAUUUCUUUUACCUUUUGUUAGUUUUACACUUUUUAAAUGACUUUUAAAAUAUAUUUUAUAUUUCCUGUUCCUGGCUCUACUUGAUAAAGAAGAUACCUCUUUGGUGGAUGUGACCCGUUUAUUUGGGGAGAGGGCUACUGUGUUUUAAUAUCAUUAGGUAUGUUUAGAAAUACAGUGGUUAUUCCCUGAUCAAGUUUAAAUGGUUGGUCAGCUCCCAGUAGCCAUAAUGACUUUGAGAAAAUACAACAAAUGUUCUGUAAGUAUACAGUCCAUUAUUUGGUGGACACACUAGCUUUAAAUAGGGUUUUAUUUAUGGAGGUUUGGUUACGAUCAAAACCACCUUGGUUAAUCAUGUGCAAUCACUAUCCAAAGCCUGGUUGACAUUUGAAAACCAAGAGACUACAUUCAUUUUCUGUAUUUAAAUUUUUUUGCCUCUUCUGUGGAUGGUCCAUGUAGCAUGGAUUCUGUGACCAUGUUUUUCUUGAAUUAAUAGUCAAGAAGUAAGACAUUAUUUAUUGACAGUCUAUGUGGUGGCUAACAGCCCAGGGGUUCAGAUACAUUGGUGUUAUUUUUGUGGCCUUAUACUACUGCUGAUACCCAUCAACUAGGAGAUCUACAUGACUGAGUGGCAGACUCGAAUCACUUUACCCUUUUAAAGAAGUUGUCUCAGAAUCAAUUGGGCUGUUCCAAUUAACAUGGUGGGCAAAUACCAGCAGGAUGGUGGGUAGUAUUGUGGAAGCUGUUCUUCAAUGACUUUGGUGUGAACUUUUUUCUUGGGAUAUCUGUAAUCUGUUCACCUGGAUUUGUCAUUCCCGUGUAAGAUCAAGAAUGCGUUUCCUGAGUGUAAUGCUUUUUGAGUUGAAUUUCUUUAUUUGAUGGUUAGAACUGGAAAUUGGUGGGGAGAGGGGUGGAUUUAAAAACUCAUUCUGCAAAAAUACUCUCCCUCAGAAAUCUCAUUUCUUUACAGAUGUGUAACAGGCGGCCUCUGGAAUCCAUCUUGUUGCAACUUCAGGUGGCUGCUGGUACAGUAGUUUGUUAUAUAGGUUACCACGAAGAGACUCAAAACGGUCUGUUGGAAUGCAUUCGAGUCAUUGCAGGGACACCAUGCCUAGGGUUCCUCCUCUCAAAGUUUCUCUUUCUGGUAGAGAAAUAUAAAAUAAAAAAUAACUCCCACACAUCGAGAAUCUUUGCCAGUUGCUAGGUUCCAGGUGAUGAGAAACUGUAAGGGUUUGACAUCAAUAACCCUGAUGGAGGGGGAGUGGAGUCUAGGUCUACAAUAAAAAGAAGAUUGAUAAGGGGUAUCACAAUCACUCACUGUAAACUAAACAACACUAUUUAUUGUUUACCUGACAGCUGCUGGUGAGAAAAAAUGUUCUGGAAUGAAUUGAGUUAUACAUACUGCUAAUGCCUUAACUCUAAUUGAAGGAGAUUGGUUAUUAAUUGGUACAUCUCUAUUUCUGAUAUAUUCAUUUAAAAAAAAACGCUUUAAAAUUGUCUUUCGUUCUUUUGGAUUUCAUAGUGUAUGCGCUAGCCUUACUUUAGUACUAUUUGCACAUGUACAUUGUAAAAAAAAAAAAAAAAAAAAAGUUUAUAU